AAAAUGCCUCUACAAUCGUGGAAAUCAAACCCCAAUUUGAUCGAAAAAUUGUCGACAAAAAGCCACGUCACUUCUCGUCCGCAAGCUUUAAAUUUAGCCAAUAAUCGAUCGACAAGUUUGGGCGGGAAUUUGAAUUCGCCGGAUAAUUACGAGCUUUUCUACACACCGAGGGCCACUUUUAAGCAGAAGGCCGAAGAAAAUCAUCUGGAAACCCUGAAAAUGCCGGAAAUUGCACUGAAUCCAUCGGAAACCCCUUACGAAACCCCGAAACUAUUCGAUUCAAACAUUCGUAAAACGAAAAAAGGAUUUCGACGCUUCGACACCACAUCGCCCUUUAAGCAUCCUGACGUCAGAGAUCUUCUGAAAUCCGCGAAACGGAGACUUCGAAAGAUUACGAAUUAUAAUUAUCAAGCCAUCCCUGCUAACCUUCAACAAUAACACGGAUUACGAAGGAUUUGGCGCCAAAAAGGAUAUAUUUUUCUAUAAUUUCAACUUGAAAUGGAUAAUUAUAGCCUGUUGAGCAGUGAGGAUCACAUUGAAAUGCGGCAAUUUGCAGCUGGAAUAGAUCCCCACGCAUUCGGGAGAAGUCAAAAUAAUCGACGGGACUCGCUCAGCUCAGUAAAUGGAGAAGCCAGAGUUCAAUUCGCUCUGUCACAAACGCCACCCGUGGAAAAUGCUCCAACUGGAGGCAGCAGUUCGAUGGGACAAUCACCACCACAUCAUCCGGCAAAUACGAGCACAAAUACGGCAACACAUCAUACAUUGUCACCGGUUAUUCAGUGUUUUCAGCAAGAUCAACACCGCGGCGAGCUGGAUCUCUCUGAGAAAUACAACUAUGAUCUGAGCAGAGCACAACUGAAAGCGAGUUCAAGAACGUCAGCACUUCUGGCAGGAUUUGCAAUGGUAUGCCUUGUCGAGUUACAGUAUGACCAGUCGACUCCAAAGCCACUUCUAAUUGUGUUGGGCGUUGUGACGAGUUUGUUGGUGUCUGUGCAUUUGCUGGCUCUCAUGAUGUCCACGUGUAUUCUACCGUAUAUGGAAGCUACUGGAUGUACACAGGAUUCUCCGCAUAUUAAGUUGAAGUUCUACAUUGAUCUGUCAUGGCUCUUCUCCACCUGCAUCGGUCUUCUGCUCUUCCUCGUCGAAAUCGGUGUCAUCUUCUAUGUAAAGUUCACGGCAGUCGGUUAUCCAACUGCAGGAUAUAUCACAACUGCAAUGCUGGUGCCUGUUGGAGUUGUAUUCGUGGUGUUCAGUUAUUUGAUUCACAAAAAUCGCGUCUCCCACUCGUUGGGCAGAUUCAAGCAUAAGGUGGACACAAUGAAGCAGUUCCUUGACGUUGAGGCGAACCUCCAGAAGAGCACACUUGCUCCGUCAACAAUUCGGGAUAUCUGAUUAAUCGGAAUACUCUACUAUGCCUACGGGUUCAUAUUCUAUUUUUUGUUUUGUUUCUUAAUCCAUUUCUUUGCUCUUUAAUUUUGUGUGUUGACGGGUUUAAUAAAUCAAUGAU